CACCGUCGCCCCCUCUCGACUCCUCGCCCAUCGGGCUCCGGGGGAAGGGGGUGGACGGAAGAUGGCCUCUCAUGAUCUCGUCGAUUGUGGUUGGCCCAAAAGUGAGUCCCCGGUAAUGACAGCACCAUGACCGUUGGUGGUAGAGCUCUCGGUGUGCCUUGUCCCUGGUAACGCACCCUCAUUGUCCACUCGAACCUUGUCAGACCCCCCACAUCUCUCGAUCGAUGCUCAUGGCGUGACUCUAGGUCAGACGGGAUCACCCACUGAGUUUAAGCAUAUCAAUAAGUGGAGGAAAAGAAACGUACCAGGAUUCCCCUAGUAAUGACAAACAAACCAAGAAGAGCCCAGCUUGAGAAUCGGGUGCCUCCGGUGAUCGAAUUGUAGUCUAGAGAAGUGUCCUCAAUGGUAGAUCAGGCCCAAGUCCCCUGAAAAAGGGCACCGAAUAGAGUGAGAGUCCCAUUGUGCCCAGACCCUGUGGCACCAUGAGGCACUAUUCGUGAGUCGAGUUGUUCAGGAAUGUAGCCCCAAUCGGGCGGUAAAUUUCAUCCAAGGGUGAAUACAGGCGAGAGACCGAUAGCGAACAAGUACCGUGAGGGAAAGAUGAAAAGGGCUUUGAAAAGAGAGUCAAAGAGUACUUUAAAUUGUUAGGAGGGAAGCGGAUGGGGGCUGGUUAUGCGCCCUGGUGGGAUGUGGAACGGCGAGAGCCGAUCCGUCGAUCGACUCGGGGUAUGGACCGACGAGGGUCACGUUGGAGGCCCACACCCGGGCUUUCGAUGUGCCUGCGGAGACGUCAUCAUCACCAUCGUGGAAUGCAACACGUGCCAUCUCGACAUGCCUUGGCACUCGUGUGCUCCUUGUGUCAACCUACGGGCUCCCCAUCUGGCGCAUCUUGAAACCCAGACUAAAGAGUCUAACAUGCGUGCGAGUCAACAAGCCAGGAAACCCGUAAGGUGCCAGGAAGUUAAUUGGUGGGAUCCCUCAUGGGUGCACCGCUGAUCAACCUUGAUCUUCUGAGAAGGGUUUGAGUGCGAGUAUACCCGUCGGGACCCAAAAGAUGGUGAACUAUGCCUGAACAGGGUGAAACUAGAGGAAACUAUGGUAGAGGCCCAUAGCGAUACUGACGUUCAAAUCGUUCAUUUGACUUGGGUAUAGGGGCG